GUAUUAUAUAUAAUAACAAAACAUUUAGUGAUAUUAAAAAUGGACACUAAAUGUAAAAUCGAUUGUUAUUUAUAUGCAAUGUGUGUUGUGGUCAACACUAUUGACCAAUUGAUGACCACUUAAUGCAUCAAUUAUUGUCAUGAAGUCCAUGUGAUCAUCAAAAAUCAAUACAACAUCUAUCAAAUCAACCAAUUGAUCCCAAAAAGUAGACAAUUAUCAGCACACACACUGUGGUACUACCAGUGACACCAAUUUGUCACUCAAUCGUAUGUUGGCAAUGGAUGAUGGGGGCCGAUGUCUACUUGAUGUUAUCGAUGACCCUAAGCUAUUGCAGUCGUUUCUGGAGAACACUAACGGUGCCAUUGAACGACUCGAGACCGGUGUGAAUGUCAACCAAAGCGGAGAUAAGACAUUGAAUUCAAUCAAACAGCCGAUCGACUCAAAAAUCCUGUCCAACAUAUCGAUGAGUGCUAUCAAUUCAGACAUUUCCAAGAACUCUGAUUACGUGACCAGUUCUGGAGGCAACGGGUUGUCUCUGACGAGUAUCAAUAAUAACAGAAAAAUAAUUUCUGGUCAGACAAUGAUCGACGAAAAGCCGACGAUAAACAUGGUUUCAUCAUCUGUUGGUUAUAUACCAAUCAGCAGUUUUUCCAGUGCCGUCACCGCUGCCUCCUUAUCAAUAGCACCAUCAAUGACGACAAUGACCAACACUGUUGGCCAUUUGACAUCUACAUUACCAUUGCGUACAUCAACUCCUAAUAUAAUGCCAUCCUUUCAAAUAGCUGGUCCUCGCAAUGGUGGACCACUUACGGUACAAUAUCCACAACAAUUGAUAGUACAGGCGGGUGCCGUCCAAAUGACACAGACUCCUGGUUUACAACAAAUGUUUUUAACGACACCGCGUUCGGGAGCACCUCAUCCAGCAUUACCACCUGGUAUACAACCGGGACAAUUGGUACAAAUAAUACAUACACCAAAUGGUCCACAAAUACUACCGACCAAUCCGACGGCGACCGUACAGUCGAUUGUCAGCACAAAUAGUACAACAAAGUUAUCGACGACAUCGAGUUCUUCGCGAUCUAAUAAACAAAUAUUACCGAAACCUCCCGGUUCUACAGUGAGUGCGAACAAUACAGUGCCCACCAAUAGUGUCAAUAAAUGUCAACAAAUUACACAACAAAAUACUUUAAAAGUUAUCAAUAGUUUGCCUACAAAUGCCACACAAUUUACAUCAACAACAAUACCGACGAGUGGGACAAUGGGACCACAGACUCAACAGAUACUGAUAGGUCCCGGCGGACAACCAGUGAUAGCUGGACCUAACGGCACGUUUCUAUUGAAUCAUAUGUUCCAACCGAACAUUGGUUCGCAACCGUUCCUCAUUCAGGGCGUACCUAAUGUUCCCAAUUCUGUUCAGUUGACAUUAAGGCCACCAAACAAUCCGUCGGUUAUGACUGUUAACAAUGGACUGACGGCACCUAAUAUAUCAGUGAGUGAAUCAAAUGCUGGGAUACUCAACAUGUUUACGGGACAGACAACCAAUAUGUCUAAACAGGCGACCACACAAUCACCACAACCUCAGACUAUUGUGAUACCAAAUAAUUCGACUUCUGUGACGAGUGCAGCGCCAGGAAUGGUGAUGUCUAAUGCCAACAGAUCGGCGCCAAACAUCAUAUUUACACGACAACAACCAUCAAUCAUAGGAACACCACAUCAUACACAACAUACUGGACAACAGUUUCUUCAAUUACAGACACCCAAUGGCCCCGUUUUAGUGGCAAUUCAAACACAACCGCAGCUCUUAACACAAGCACAGACACAACCGACAUCACAACCAACACAUGGCCUGCAAUUUGGUAAUACAAUGAUACCAAUCAAUGCACCGCAUCUAUCAUCACAUCUAACACCAAACCUCACAACAAGUAUGCAAACCGCAGCACAUCCAGCACUUCACGCACUCUUAACACAAACCGAUAACACGAGCGGCCAAACAGUUAUUCAAACUUCAGUGCCAUCUGUGGCCACAUCUAAUACAGUGAUACUAACAUCUCAGCCGCAGAUAAUAACGCGGUCACAACUACCGACCUCUCAAAGUCAGCAAUUGAAGGGUUCGGCGCCGUCACUCAAUUUGGCCGAAUUGCUUAAAGAACACGGAAUUCUUCCCGAGUCGAGCCCUCCCUCUUCGCCGACCAAUAACACAGACUUAUCUACAGGUGCUCUUCAUCCCGAACUGAUUCAUGCGAACCCUCCCUCACAACAAACUGUAUUAAUGGUACCGAAUGGUCCGAAUCAACCGCCGAAUAUAGUGUUAACCCAAAACCCUGUCGCACCCACAGCGCCGCCUCAACUCAGACUGGCCUUAGGUCCCGAUGGAAGUGUUAUACUUCAGCCACAUAUAACUGCAAAUACCGGUGGAUUAGGUCCACAAUUACAGUCACAAUUCAUAACCAAUUCUAAUAACUUAAAGUUUAAUGACUCGUCUAAAGACACGAGUGGUUUGAGUUCAUCUCAACCAUCGCCUGAUUCAACCACUCCUAGCAUUGAUGCGACGUCUAGUCCAUCGACGACCACAACUGUUAGCCAAACGACUACAACAUCAACACUGACAGCACCAACAUUGACGUCUCAAAGCACCGGUACGUCAGCCUUAUUGGACCAGUUGAACACUGGACCAGCCGUUAAGGUUCCUGAUUUAGUGGCAUCUCUAGCUUUAUCGCAAGGUUCUGCCGGCACCGGUACUACCAAUACAACCGGUGAUGAUUUGAAACCAACGAUACCAUCACAACAAACAGCUUUAAUUCCAUUGACUGUUCAAAAUCUUAAUAACAAUUUAGAUCAACAAAAACAACAAUUAUUGUCAAUUCCUGUUCAGAGUGGAGACUGUAAUACACAGAAUGUCUCGAAUGGAUCUUCCAAUGCUGUGAUUAGAAUCGGUAGCUGUGAUACAAUGCCCCCGACAUUAGUGUUUACCACAACUCCUACCACUGUGUUUGCUAGUCCUCCGAAAACACAAACCACUGGUCCUACUAUGGCUACAGUUGUCUCACCCGUUUGCUCUACAAAUAGCACCAGUUGUAGCACUGGUACUAUCACCGGAACAACAGCUACAGUGAUUGACCAGAACGGAGUGCCUAUGGUUCAGGUGAGUCCUAACAACCAGGAGUUUCUACAACGACUAGAAUCGCAACUUAAAAAUCUAUUAGUGCUUAAGUCACCCACACCUCAACAGAAAGAACUGUUACAGGAAUUGUUAACAUUAAAACAGAAAAUGAAUAUCGCAAGAAACCAAAAGACAUCACCUGAGGAUCAAAAACAACUGUCAACAGUGUGUGUAUCACCACAAACAUCACAAACUAUUCAAAGUCAAAUUGAUGGCCAAUUAUUACAACAACAACAACAAACACCACAAAACAUGCAUUUAAGGAAUCUACUUAAGCAAACACCAGUUCCUGUAAACCAACCGUCGGCUACUCAAAUACGGCUGUUGGCUCCGGCCAGCAAUGCACCCGUCAAUGGGACGACAACUAUUCAAUUGGGUAAUCAAAUAAUCACAUUCACCACUCCUGCCAAACAACAGCUGCAAAAUAUCAAUUCAACAUUAAAUAAUCAAACAGUGGUUAAACCUCAAAUGACAACACCAACACCUGUUAUACUUCGAUAUCAUUCACCGACGGCAACAUCAUUGCCCACUAACUCUACAUUAGUUACCACUUCGACUACAACUAAGACAUCGAUCAUCAAACACGACACCCAUUUAGAUAAAGAGAAACGAAAUGCCAAAAUAGUGAAAGCUGUUCAACAGCAGCUAACUGUUGACCAAAACGCAGCCCUAAAGCCCGACACGAAAAGGCCAUUCACAUCAAGAGAUGACGCCUGCAAACGAUUACUUAGAUAUCAUGUCUUUAAUUCACCGGUUAUGAGUACCACUAAUAUGGAAAAAAGUGACCAUUUGUUUCAAUUGAUUUCAAAACAUUUAUUAUCUAAGAAACAGCAAUUGUACGAUAAGUUUAGAGUACUAUUGAUGAAACAAAGUAUGAGAGAGACGCCUUCUUCAGAACACGUGAUGAUCGAUAGGAUGUUUAUUAACGAUGAGAUGACUUCUCUUAAGACCGAUAAAGAGGCUGUUGCUGAAGGAAAAGUGUUAGAUUUACCACCAGCACCGACAUCAUGGUAUCAAAUGAUUAGGUCGUCCAUUGAAGAAGAACAAAAACAACUUUUUAUUAAUAGGAAAAGAAAAUCUUCGAUAGGAAGUGAUGACGAAUAUAAUCAUCAUAACAGUCAAAUUAAACGACACGACGACAAUGUAGAAGAAUCAGAGGAAUCGGAGGAUGAAGAUGACGACAGUGAUGAAGAAGAUAAUGAAGAAAAAGAUGAUACGAUAUCUGAUUUCUUGCAGACACAGUCUGACCAGAGUUUAGGAAAUGUUGGAAAUGUCGGCCACUAUUACGAUAGCUUUCAACACAAUAUUCACGUUCAAAAUGGUUUGACAAUUGACAGUCAAAAUCACGUGCCUUUAAAUACUUUUGUCGAUCCAAACCAAACACACAAUGAUCUCGACAUUUAUGGCGACAUGACUGGAGAUACCGGUGCUCAGAACUGGACUGAUUCCAUACUCAACAAUAAUUCUGCGAAUAGAAGAAUUGCAUGGAAUCAUAGGUUUGGUGUUCCUGAGAGUGAAGCAGCCGUUGCCGUCGAAUCUAUACUUACUGACGAUGUAGACGACGAACCAGAUAUGUCUGUCGAUUUAUCUGGUAUUGAAGGUCUUGACGACGAUAAUCUUGAAGUAGACAAUGAAGAGGAAGAUGAUGAUGAAGAAGGGGAUGACGAAGACGACGACGAUGAUGAUGAUGAUGAAGACGAUGAUGUAGUUGACAGCUUUGCCAUGGGUUCAGAAGUGCAUCAGCAGCACCAACAGCAUGUGGACGUCCAGAUGCAGUGUGCGAUCAAAAGCAUUUUGGAUAUGCCAUCAGUACCUUCACAGACGCAUCAAUCGCACAACUCAUACCCAUUUCACUCACAUAAUACUCAUGGCUCUCAUCCGUCACUUCAUCCACAUAUGAAUGACUAUCGAAAUAUGGAUUACUCGCACAUCCCUAACAUUCACGAACAGAGACGUAAUGACGCAAUGAUGCGACCGUAUGUCAACCAUACGGCUAACGAUCCGAUUCUUGAUGAGGCCGUCAAAAGUAUACUCUCGUGAGAUAACCUGUUGUCUAAUGACUUGUUAUCACUAUUAACAUAAUGUACUUAUUUAAAGACAAUUUCAUUAGCAUUUUCAUCGACUAAUGGCAUAUUUGAUGUGAUUUAUUGGUCAUUAUUUUUUUAUAAUAAUGUUAUUUUUAUUUUGCUUUAUUUUUAUUAUUUCAAAGCCAUAAUUAUCAUCAAAUCGUAUAUUAAAAG